UUCGUCGAAUACAGAAAGAAUUCGCAAGCCGCAGGAAGUUGAAAUUUUCAGUGCCAAUCAAUAAAAUUAGUAAUUAUAAAGUGCACUAUAAUAAAAUCUGCUAAAUAAGUUAGUGACAUUGUCACAAGAAAGAGACAGUCGCACAGUUGGCGUAGCUAUCUCAUCUGAUUCUGAUUCUGCUCCUGCUCAUGAGUAUUCAUAGAGAAGGAGCUGAUCUCGAUCGUAUUACAGUCAAAAUCCACAAUAUGAAGCGCAGCGCAUCCCGCUCACCAGGCCGAGGUAAUCUAGUACGCAACUCCCGGAGUAUGGGUCGUGGCUAUGAUAAUGGAGGCGGUGUGCCGGGCGAUUCCCCAGAGCGUAUAUCGCCGGAGCGCAUGCGUCGUCGCUUGGAGCGUUCGCCCAGUCCCCGUGGUCGGUAUGGAUCUCCGCAUCGGGAGCCCUACAUGCGUGGUCCACCAACUGCCGAGCGUCCCGCUGGCUACAAGGUCUUGUGCGUCAGUGCUCUGCCGCCAAAGGCGCCGGAUGAGUUUAUCGAGGAGACACUGUAUCGCGAGUACAAGAAAUUUGGCGACUUUAGUGUUCGGCUAGCCCAUGACCUGGAUGAGCGCGUCGCGUAUGUCUGCUUCCGUACGCCGGAAGAUGCACGUGAGGCGAAGCAUCACAAGCCGCGUCUUAUCAUCUACGAUAAGAUGGCCAUUGUGGAGCCCGUGUACAAGUCAACAACGCGGCCAGAGUACAGACCACGCCACUCCAUUUCUCCGCCGGACUAUGAGCGGUAUCACUACUCUCGUUCGCCGAUGGGACCGGGUGUGCCCUUGGAUCAUCGAAGGCCACCCAUAGAUCCCUAUGAUCGCUAUGGUCCUCCUAUUCAUCCGCAUGCUGUGCACCCUCGCGAAUAUCGUCCCAUGCACCAUGAAUACCCACACCCGCCCCGUGGUCCGCCCAUGCAUCGGGGUCAUCCGCACACUCAUCCUCAUCAUCUGCACGGCCAUCCGCCGCCUCAUCAGUACGCUCCAAUGCGUCCAAUGGCACCACGACCACAUGUUCCGUACGAGAAGCCCGAGAGCAAAAAGGACAAGUUCCCCAAUUAUUUGCAUCACGUGCAACCGGAAGAUGAUCCACUCUCAACGCGUACUCUGUUCGCUGGCAACCUCGAGGUGACCAUUGCCGACGACGAGCUUCGUCGUAUAUUUGGCAAAUACGGCGUAGUCGAUGAUAUUGACAUCAAGAGACCGCCACCUGGCACCGGCAACGCGUUUGCCUUUGUGCGCUAUCAGAAUCUGGACAUGGCGCAUCGUGCCAAGAUCGAGCUAUCCGGCCAGUACAUUGGUAAAUUCCAGUGCAAAAUUGGUUACGGCAAGGUUACGCCGGCCACCCGCAUGUGGAUCGGCGGACUUGGCGCCUGGACAUCGGUGACACAGCUGGAGCGGGAAUUCGAUCGGUUCGGUGCCAUUAAGAAGAUCGAAUAUCAAAAGGGCGAACCCUAUGCCUACAUCCAAUACGAGACGGUUGAGGCAGCCACCUCAGCUGUCAAGGAGAUGCGUGGAUUCCCAUUGGGCGGACCGGAGCGUCGACUGCGAACGGACUUUGCCGAGCUGCCGGGCUCAACGCCUGCUGCACCCUUUAAGACCUCAAAGCCGGCGUAUGACGAGAGUGCCGUCGAGUACAGGCGACCAGAGUAUGAUCCCUACUACGAGGAGACGGCGGUAUAUGCUCCACGUGGUGGCUAUUCACCUUAUCCGCCCCGCGGCGGUUAUCGCGGUCGUGGUGGCGGCUAUCGUGGUCGUGGACGUGGCAUGUAUCACUAUCACAAUGAUGUGCACAGGCCACCGCAUCCCAGUGCAAUGGGCGGAGCGUCAUCUGUGCCACCACCGGGUGGUGCCGAUGACGAAUGGCGACGUCCACCUGGCGAGUCCUAUGAUCGUGCUCGUUCCAGCUCUCGGGAACCCGGAGUUGAGCGUUCCCGCUCCCGUUCGCCCAUAAAGCGUGCACGCUCUCCCGGCUCCGAUUCGGAUACUUCGACUCGUCGCAAUGAUGUCCUCGGCUCGGCAGCGACCGUGCCUGAGGUGGCACGCAAGUGUAGUACAAUCUGGACAGGUGCCCUCAUACUAAAGAGUUCCUUAUUCCCGGCCAAGUUUCAUUUGACAGACGGCGAUACGGACAUUGUGGAAUCUCUGAUGCGAGACGAGGAGGGCAAACACAAUUUGCGUAUUACACAGAGACUGCGACUCGAUCCGCCAAAGUUGGAGGAUGUACAAAAGCGGAUUGCGUCCUCAUCAUCGCAUGCCAUAUUCAUGGGAUUGGCUGGCUCCACGGUGGACACUGAUUGCGAUGAUGCCAGCGUGCAGACACGUCCAUUGCGCAAUCUAGUCUCCUAUCUGAAGCAAAAGGAAGCAGCUGGCGUCAUUUCGCUGCUCAACAAGGAGACGGAAGCCACCGGUGUGCUAUACGCGUUCCCGCCGUGCGACUUCUCAACGGAUUUACUGAAGCGCACCUGUCACAGCCUCACCGAGGAGGGCUUGAAGGAGGAUCAUCUGGUCAUUGUUGUUGUGCGUGGCGGAACCGCUUAAAGACAAUCUGUGACAGCAACAACAACAGAGAACAAGUGCAGGAACAAGUAAUCUAGUUCUGUGGACACGUUAUAUAUAUAUCGUAGACUUACACAACAUACAUACACAACAUACAUAGAGUAGAUAUGUAUGAACGUGUGUGUAUAUGUAUUGGUAGAAGCAUAAAUCAAUCCUAUAGCGAGUUUAAAUUAACAUCCUUUGAUCAGGAAAGCGACAGCAACAAGAGACACCCUCAGAUGAGAUGAGACGAGACGAGAUGAUUUUCCACUUCAAUUAAUCCAAUAUUAAUUAUUGUUCUUUUUGCAGACAAAACAAACUUAUUUAUGGCUUUUGUUUAUGAUGAAAAAAAGCAAGAUUAUACAUUAUUCUGAUUAUUCUCUGUGUAGUGAGAGUGUAAAGUUUAAACAGUUUUAAAAGUUAAUACAGUUCUAUUUUUUUUUAUUACAAUUGUGCCAAAAG